AUGAGGAUACCUGAAAUCGCAAGUCUACCGCGAUCGUCCGAUCUCACUAGGGAUGCUGAAAGAGAACAUCCGACGGCAAUUUCUCACCAUACCCCUACAGAUAUGCUGUACAGUGCUGUUUACAACAUUGUCCCUCGACUUCAGAGAGCAAUACCAACUUCCACUAAAUGUGGGUAUCUGGAAGCCCAGAUCAAAAUGUCCUGUGAUGGUGUUAAUUGCGGAAAAGGAAUGAAGUGCAUCAUGCGCAGGCAACGACCUGCUUGCGUCUGCGCACCCACCUGUUCCCGAAAGAAAAGGCAAAUGGGAGAGGUUUGUGGUUCAGAUGGCCGGACGUACAGACAUAUCUGUAGGCUGAUAAAGAGGCAAUGCCGGAAGAACAAGCAGUUGACUAUCGAAUACUUCGGAAAGUGCCAAAAAAAUUGUGAGAAAGUCCAAUGUGCCGGACGAAAAACUUGCCUUCUGGACCAGAUGCUGAGGCCCCACUGCGUUCGUUGUCAAGGCUACUGCUCUUCCAACUCGCUUGGCGAUUAUGUCUGCGGAGCGGACAAUGUCACUUACAGCAGUUCCUGCCACAUUCGACAAGCCGCUUGUGUCAAGGGAAAAGCGGUUCCUCAGGCUUACAGAGGGAAAUGUAAAGCCAAUGCUUCUUGCGAGAACAUCCGCUGCCGCAAAGGAAAGCGGUGUCUUAUUGAUACGAAUGGUGGACCCCCACGUUGUGUGAGCUGUCCCAAACAGUGCCCGAUAGCGAAGACGGAGGCGUUGUGUGCCACCAACAACUAUACUUAUUCUACCUGGUGCCAUAUUAUGCAGGACGCAUGCAAACAUGGGGUGUUGUUGGAAAUGAAACAUGAGGGACCUUGCGAAGAAUCCUCCUCUCAGCAGACGAACCUCAUCCCUCUGAAUGUGUUCGAAUCACCGGAUCACCUAUAGUGUCUAGCAUCCGACGCGUCUUCUGGCUCUUGCUUGCCGCACUGACGACGUGUUGUUUCCACGAAGCCAGGUGCCGCUACUGAUUGGAUGACGUCACAUUCCGAUUUCGAUGACGGAGAGCCCCCUAGUGGUCCAAAAUAGAAAACGCGCCAAAUGAUGUGUUUGUGGAACUGUAAUUUCUCUCCGUGAAGGAUUUAAUUAUGUAUUCUACAUGUUAACUUUUUCAAAAACCACUAGCGCUGUGUUUGUUAUGGUUGUAGCUUCGAACUCACAGUUGGUCAGUUCCUUCGUUCUUGAUGUUCCCCCUUCCUCCCUUUUUUUUAAUCUCCGUCUUCAUAUUUUCAUUUUUUUUUUUUUUUUUUUUUUUUUUUUUUUGUGUGUGUGUGUGUGUAUGAAAGACGUUUUUCUCACGUUUCUUACAUAAAGGUUGCAUCAUCUUAAUGGUCGCAAGAAUUCAAUGCCAAAGAAAUUUUAAUAAGUGCUUACUGUAAAAAAAUCAACGAAUAAUUUUUUAAGUUAUAUUAAAUAUUGCUCAAUUAUUAGAAAAUUGUCAAAAUUUAGGUAGCUUAAAUCAUGUUAUACAAUGUCCUGAAGUGAUCCAGGUGGAUACAUAUGAAUUAAUAUUGUUAUUUUGUCGUUGCUCUUCGUGUUAAUCUAUUAAUAACUUCCCAUUAAUGAUUAAUUAUAGCUGAAUAUUCAUUUAUGAUAUUCCAAUUUCAGCUUUCAAGUUUAUUUCACAAUUAUUAAUAUCAUUAAUUGCAGGGUUUUAUAGGAAAUAAUGGAAGGUAAAGGUUUAUAUUAUUAAAUAUUGAUGAAAUAAAUUUUAUCAGGCACUGGGUUUUAUAGGAAAUAAUGGAAGGUAAAGGUUUAUAUUAUUAAAUAUUGAUGAAAUAAAUUUUAUCAGGCUCUUUUGGAAUGUACACUGCUGGGAGCGGAAAGGACAAUUCUAUACCUCUCGUUCUACUGGUCCGAUUGGCAAAAUUGAAAUUGUGUUUUCCAUAUCUCGAAAGCACGACUUAGGAUACAUAUUAGAUAUAUAUAUAGCAAUGUCCUAGUAUAGGUAUUUUUACACAAAAAUCGGACUUUUUCCGAAACGACAGCCAAUUUGGUUUCCAUAUUUCGAAUCUACGACUCAAAGUAUGUGCCAACUGCUAAGUUUUGUAAAAAGCGCACGAGUAGUUUUUAAGAAUUAC